UUCAAAUUUGCUGAAAGAACAGAGCGUCGCGUGCAAGCCAAUCCGCUUGAAGAUUUACAAUCGACACCACUCAGUGAUUAGUACAAAAAGAAGAGAAAGAGACUUCGGUUUUGACGCUCUCCACGAGGGAAAAGAUUGAAUGUUGCGCCUCAGAUGACACCAAACCUUCACACUUUUUAACAACAAGUUCUUGUGUGUGUGUAUGUUAGUCUGAUGGAGGCGACAUGCAUUCAGUGCAGUCUUGCUAUUGAGAGUCUGUCUGGCCAAUCGACUUGCCAACGAAAAUCAUUCGCUAAAGCAGAGCUAACACUCGGACGCAAUGAGAACGGCAGCAUAAUGAUCCAACUGAACACACCACAAGAAACAAUCACACAACUCAUCAAGCAACACACCGUCCACACGAAAUUCCUACGAGACGGAAAAGCCACCAUCCGAUUGAUAACCCAGGGGGUCCAACUAUUAAUAUCAAACUGUCCUCCAGAUAACUUGGCAAGUUUUGUUAAAACCCUUGAGGUCAAACUCGCUGCUCGAGGUGACUUACAAGUGAAACGCACUGGAGCUAGACGAGUUCUCCACACAUUCAAUGAGAUCAGUCCAUUGACAGGAGGAGAUGUCAAGGCAGCAAUUGAGAAGACAAAGUCGUCUGCAAUGGCUACGACUCCAUGCAGAGAGCACAAAGCGAAAACAGCAAUAAAACGGAAAUUAGCAACCGAAAAGAACGAGAGCCCACAACUGAGUUUACCGAUGAACAAAAUGCCUGAACUGACAGCCGAACAAGUUGGGGUUCUAACUGCCGUGCAACAGGGGAAAAAUGUGUUUUUCACUGGAAGUGCAGGGACAGGGAAAUCGUACCUUCUAAAGCGAAUAAUCGGAUCUCUGCCUCCAUCAUCGACGUUUGCUACAGCGAGUACUGGUGUGGCGGCGUGUCAUAUCGGAGGGACCACACUCCAUGCGUUUGCUGGUAUUGGAAGUGGAGAUGGUGAUGUGUGUGCUUGUGUGGCGAUGGCGUCGAAGCAGUUGAGAGCGGAGAGGUGGCGUCGAUGUAGGCACCUGAUAAUUGAUGAAAUAUCGAUGAUCGAUGCGGAGUACUUUGAUAAAGUUGAAACGGUUGCGAGGAAGGUUCGUCAGUGUGAGAGACCGUUUGGUGGUAUACAGUUGGUCAUAUGUGGAGACUUCUUGCAGUUGCCGCCGGUCAUUAAAGAUGGAAGAGAGCAGAAGUUUUGUUUUCAGGCUGAUAGCUGGAAAUACUGUCUAGAGGUCAGUCUACACCUCAGCAUUGUCCAUCGCCAGACAGACUUAAAAUUCAUUAAAAUACUUCAAUAUAUCCGCACAGGAAGAUGUCCAACUAUCGUUGCUGAUAUUCUCUCCUCCACCUCCACCAACGUCAUCGAACAUGAUGGAAUCAUGGCCACUCGGUUGUGCACACACAAAGAGAACGUCGACUCUAUUAAUCGUGGAGAGUUGGCCAAGUUGAAAGGCAUGAGCAAGACGUUCGAGUCGACGGACAGUGCACAAGUGCCCACAUCCCAGAUGGACGCUCUGUUUCCAGUCAAGUCUCGUCUAGAGCUAAAACUUGGAGCACAGGUAAUGCUCACCAAGAACUUAGACAUACAGAGAGGUCUCGUGAACGGCGCUCGAGGAAUCGUGCUCGACUUCGUUCAAGAACACAAAGCCGCUCCGGUCGUCAAAUUUGCGUCAGGGCUAAAGAGGGUCAUCACACCAGAGGUUUGGUCGGUUAAGACUGCAGCAGGAAACGUGCUGACGAGGAAACAGUUGCCGUUGAAGUUGGCAUGGGCGCUGUCAAUACACAAAAGCCAGGGCAUGUCACUUGACUGCGUCGAGAUGUCUCUUUCUCGCGUCUUCGAGAGCGGCCAAGCAUACGUGGCUCUAUCCCGAGCACGAAGCCUACAAGGUCUACGAGUGCUCGACUUCGAUCGUAACUGCGUUCGAGCGAAUCCGACCGUCCUCAAGUUCUACCACCAACUGAAACAGAGUCAGUCAAUUCCAGGACCACAAACGCCCAAGAGAAUCAAAUACGACGAGGAAACGUGA